AAAUUAACUUUUCACGUAAAUUGACAACUGACGAAUUAAAAGUAUAUAAAGGCCCCAUGCAUUACAUCCCCCAUCAUGCAAUACUAAGACCAGAGAAGAAAAGCAAACCUGUCCGAAUCGUGUUCAACUCAUCCUCAGUGUUUCAAGGUCAUUAACUCAACGAUUAUUGGAUGAAAGGCCCAGACUUAUUGAAUAACCUGUUUGGAGUCAGUCUGCGUUUCAGAGAAAGAGAAGUAGCAUUGAUUGGUGACAAAUCAAAGAUGUAUCAUCGAAUAUUGAUACCAGAACAAGAUCAGCAUGUACACAGAUUUCUCUGGCGUAAUUUAGAGACACACAGAGAGCCUGAUGUUUAUGUCAAGACAGUUCUUACAUUUGGGGACAAACCAGCUCCAGUGAUGGCACAGAUUGCUUUGAGAAAGACUGCAGAAGAAUGUAAAGGAAUCAAACCGAAAGCUGGAAAGGUGCUGACAGAAAAUGUUUACAUGGAUGGUAUAUGUGAAUCAGUGGAAACGGUAGAAGAAGCAAAGAAGCUAGCAGAGGAUAUAGAUUUUGUUCUGAAGAGCGGAGGUUUCCUAGUCAAAGGAUGGAUUUCAAACAAAGAACUGCAUGAAAACAGCAAGCAUACAGUAGAGUCAGAUGCAAACAAUAUGUUGGAAGAAGAAGCAGAUGAGAAAGUACUUGGAAUUUCUUGGAACAGAAAGUCAGAUACGCUGUCACUUAAAGUUGACUCUGACUUGAUGAAACUCAUUGAUGAAGAAAAGUAUCUAACAGAGAAGAUAAAACUAACCAAAAGAAGACUACUGUCUGAAGUUGCAAAGAUUUACGACCCAAUCGGAUUGGCUGCUGCAUUUAUUAUCAGAGCUAAGAUUGGAAUACAGGAACUAUGGCAGACUGGAAUUGAUUGGGAUAUAGAAAUUCCUACAAAUAUGCGAGGGAAAUGGAUUGAACUGUUUAAAGAGAUGAAAGGGCUCAACAAUAUUUCUUUCAAAAGACCAUUGCUAACAACAGAUGUUACAGAAAAACCAUCAUUGUGUUUGUUUUCAGAUGCGUCAUAAGAAGCCUUUGGAGCAUGUGCAUACCUUCGACAGAAGAUUGAGAAUGGCAAAUUUGGUAUUAGAUUCGUUGCUGCCAAAACAAGAGUUGCACCACUAAAACAGCUAACCAUACCACGCUUGGAGUUACAAGCUGCUGUCCUUGCAUCACGUCUUGCAAAAACGAUUCAAGAAGAAUCAAGGAUCGAAUUCAAGGAUGUUGAUUUCUUCACAGACAGCUCGAUAACAUUAGCUUGGAUUCAAAGUCCAUCACGCAGUUACAAACCAUUUGUAUCAUCCAGGAUAGAAGAGAUUCGAAGCAAUUCAGACCCUAGCCAGUGGAAACACAUCCCUGGGGAAAACAAUGUAGCAGACGAGCUGUCACGAGGGAGUCAUGUACAUGAACUGAACGGAAGAUGGAUGCACGGACCAGAGUUUUUGCUAACUGCGGAAGGAUUAUGGCCAACAAAAGCUAUUCCGUCACCAGUCAAAGAAGACAGUGAACGUCGUCAAGCUACAAAAGUCUGUUUGUCGAUAAACACAAAGCCUGAAAAUGUUAUCAAUUAUGGCACAGUCUCCAAUUGGCCGAAGCUUAUACGAGUUUAUGCAUGGAUCAAAGAUUAGCUGAAAAUAUCAGACACCUGAAAUGUCAUGUACCAUUUAAAUAUGGACCACUGAAACCCGAAGAACUCCAGAAAUCAGAGUUGUUUCUGAUCAAAGAUGUACAAAAAAGCUUACAUAACCGUUUAAAGAAAGGUGAAUUCAAGUCACUCAGUCCUUUUGUUGACGAAAAUGGGGUUAUUAGAGUUGGAGGCAGAGCAGAUAAAGCGUUAUUGUCUUAUGAGACAAGACAUCCAGCCCUACUGCCAAGUUAUCAUAGGAUUUCACUGCUGAUAACUAGACACGUACACCAACACGGACACACCGGAGUUGCAACAACCACAGCAAAGAUAAGGAGGAAAUAUUGGAUACUUACAGGCAACAAAAUAAGCAAAUCUGUUAAAUUCAAGUGUGUGUUCUGCAGAGAAUUGGCACACAAAGCAGAAGAACAACAAAUGAGAAGCCUUCCUGCAAUAUAACUGACACCGCAAACACCACCAUUCUACUACACAGCAUGUGAUUAUUUUGGACCGUACAAUGUUAGAAUUGGACGUAAUAAAACGGCAAAGCAUUAUGGUGUCAUAUUUACAUGCUUGAGUACAAGAGCAGUUCACCUAGAGCUAGCAACAGAUUGUUCUACAAUGGAAUUUUUACAAGUACUGAGAAGAUUUUUCUGCAUUCGAGGCUAUCCAGCAGUAAUUUUGAGUGACAAUGGAACACAGAUGGUUGGUGCAUAGGGGAAUUCGCAUAGGUGCAUAGGAGAGAUGAUAGGAGAAUUCGACACUGACCAACUUCACGAGUUUUGUGCAGGGAGAGGUAUAAACUGGAUUUUGAUCACACCGUCAGCACCACACCAAAAUGGAUGCGCAGAAGCACUUGUAAAGAGCAGCAAAAGAGCAUUAAAAAGCGCGAUUGGUGAACAAAUUUUGAGACCCUUUGAAUUAUACACUUGUUUGAUGGAAGUUGCAAACUUGUUGAACCAACGCCCAAUUGGAAGAAUUCCAAAUGAUCCAGAUGAUGGAGCCUACUUAUGUCCAAACGAUCUCCUGCUAGGAAGAGCUACCCCACAAGUACCUCAAGGCCCAUUUCAAGAAACUAAAGAUCCACGUCAAAGGGUAGAGUUUGUUCAAAAAAUUGUCAGAUCAUUCUGGAAACGAUGGAUACGAGAUGUUUCGUUCCACAAAAGAAAUGGCUCAUGGACCGCCGCAAUCUCCAACCUAAUGACACAGUUAUUGUUGCUGAGAGUAACGCAAUCCGAGGUAAAUGGAACAUUGGAAGAAUCCUUGAAGAAUUCUCGGGAUCUGAUGGACGAGUGCGCAAUGUCAAAGUAAAAACAGCAACAGGAGAAUACAGUCGCCCAGUGACAAAGGUAACAGUUAUAUGCCCAGCAGAAGGAUAUGAAUAAAUAACUUUACAUAUUUUAUAAGGACCACGCCCUUAUCGGGGGCGGAGGAUGUUUCGUUGAUUAUAUAUUCUUACAGGACAUUAUUAUUAUCCCGCUGUGCUUUAUUCUUAUGAAAAUUAGUUUUAGUUAGUAGUAUUCACAUGUUGGAAAAUAGGACACGAUCGUUACCGCAUGCUAACCAGGAAUAGUAUUUAACCAGAAACCAGUUUAUCGAAGACAAUUUAGAGACAUCACCAUAAGUAAGUAAAUUUAUUUUAUUGUACCUCUGUAUUCAGUCUCCAUUCCAAUUAUUCAGUUUAUAGCCGCUGUAAGACGUUUUGUAUUUACUUAUAUUCAUGAUUAACUUGUUUUAGAUCGAAUAAGAUUUUCAUUAUACGAUUGGGUGUCUUGUUCUAAAGUCUGUCCUGUGAAGAAACAACGAGCAAAUGAGAUCCUUCCACGUGUUAUCAAGAUACACAAUCCAUAACACUUACCGACCAUCCGUAAAAUUUACCGACCAACUUUCCAAAAGUGGGGGAGGGGGUGUACCAUCCCCCACACCCCUCGGUAGGUACGCCCCUGCUGAUGGCAGUUGAAUAUAUGUUUUAUUUUUUUGGAAGUAAAUUCCUUAUCCUUCCUAUAGAUGUAAAAGUUUAAAAUGGAUGAUGAAAGCAGCAAGAAGCUGAAAAAAGAUGCCGAAGCUGGAGCUUAAACAGUAGCAGGCCCACAGUCAUACGAAAACCCAAUACCAGAUGGACCAGGAAUUAGUAAUUUUGAAAGCAAUGUGAACAAGAUGCAACGUAAAGAAAUAUGAUUUGGUUGUUCAAUAUCCUGAGCUGUAUGAACUCCGGAAAGCGUUCUUGAAGGCUGUCAGUUUUCAAUCUAACUGCAUUGGUCCGUUGUGUUGUUAUGGUAUCAAUUCAAAUAAGAAUUUGCGCCUUA